AUGGAUGUUUUUGCAAACUUUUAUUCAUAUUCAAUUCCUUGUGUGCAAGAUUCAUGGUCAUCUACUGAGGUACUGGAAUCUGAUAAUGGAAAUAGCAGUAGCAGAUCCAAUGUUUCUGAUGAGGAAGUUUUGUUAGCUUCAAACAACCCGAAGAAGCGUUCGGGGAGGAAGAAAUUUAAGGGGAUGAGACACCCAGUUUACCGGGGAGUGAGGCAGAGGAACUCCGGUAAGUGGGUGUGUGAAGUGAGAGAACCGAACAAGAAGUCAAGAAUUUGGCUGGGAACUUUCGCCACCGCGGAAAUGGCUGCAAGAGCUCACGAUGUGGCGGCAAUAGCGCUUCGUGGGAGGUCGGCCUGUUUGAACUUUGCUGACUCCGCUUGGAAGUUACCAGUUCCGGCCUCCACUGAUGCUAAGGACAUUCAGAAAGCGGCAGCAGAAGCAGCCAUAGGCAAUAGCGCUUCGUGGGAGAAAGCGGCAUCAGAAGCAGCCAUGGCCUUUGGGCAACCGAAUUCCGAGUCUUCGGAGGCGGUGUCUCGAGAUGAUAUAAUGGAGGAAGCCGCCUCUAUAUGGCCGAGAAAUGCUUUCUUUACCGAUGAGGAAGCUCUUUUUGGAAUGCCAGGGUUGAUUGACAAUAUGGCUGAAGGGUUGAUGCUACUUCCACCUUACUGCAUGUAUACUGAUGACGUGGAAGUAUAUGCUGACGUCUCUUUAUGGAGUUAUUCCAUUUAA